AUGUAUGAAUCAGAAUGUUGGGCAACGAAAGUGACGGCUGAAAGAAGAGUGCACGCAGCCGAGAUGAGAAUGCUGAGAUGGCUGUGUGGAGUGACGAGGAAAGAUCGGAUUAGAAAUAAGAAUGUAACUGGAAGUUUGAAAGUAGCAUCCGUGACGAAGAAAAUAAGGCGCAGUAGGUUAGCGUGGUAUGGGCAUGUAAUGAAGAGGGAUGAACGCUAUAUUGGUAAACGAAUGAGAGAUGAAUGUCGAAUGACGAAGAGCGAUCGGUGGGUCAAAAAAGCAAUGGAUGAAUUGUGUGAGUCAGGACAUGAGAAACAAAAGAAUAAGCGCUGA